AUAAAACCGAGAAACUCGUCCCACUUGGUUGCGUAAAAAGGAACAAAACUUAAAUAAACAAACACACUCAACUCAAGAUUUAACAGUCAGUUUCUUGCGUUACUAUACUGAAACCGAGAUUCAUUCCAAAAAGAUGAAAGCAGUUUCCGAUUGGAUCCAUUCUUCUUCAAAUGAGCACAUUGAAACGUACCAGCAAUGGUUCAUCUUAGCCGAUUCAGAUGGAGAUGGCCGUAUUAGUGGAAAUGAUGCUAUCAAGUUCUUUGCUCUCUCCAACUUGUCUCGCCCUCAGCUCAAGCAGGUUUGGGCUAUUGCGGAUACCAAGAGACAAGGUUUUUUAGGUUUUGAAGAGUUUGUUACUGCAAUGCAGCUCAUUUCUGUGGGACAGGCAGGGUAUGAUCUCAACUCAGAUAUCCUGAAAACUCAGAUUGACAAUGAAAAGAUCAAACUUCCAGUCAUGGAAGGAAUUGAUGUAUUAGUAGCAAAUAAAGCGAGUUCGACAAUAAAUGCCCAACCUGAUUUAUUUGGUACUGGUCAGCCUCGGCCUUUUCCACCAGUUGCUUCAAAAUCUGUAAAGAAGUUACCUCUCAGUGCAGUGACAUCAAUAAUAGAUGGAUUGAAGAAAUUGUAUGUGGAGCGGUUAAAACCAUUGGAGGUCACUUAUCGAUUCAAUGAUUUUGUAUCUCCGGUAUUGACCGACAGUGAUUUUGAUGCUAAACCAAUGGUCAUGCUUCUUGGUCAAUAUUCCACCGGGAAAACAACAUUUAUAAAACAUUUGCUAAGAUGUGAAUAUCCAGGGGCACACAUUGGACCAGAGCCUACGACUGACAGAUUUGUUGCUGUCAUGUCUGGAACUGAUGAGAGGAGCAUUCCUGGAAAUACUGUAGCUGUCGAUGCUAGCAUGCCUUUUAGUGGCCUGACAACUUUUGGUAGUUCGUUUUUGUCAAAGUUUCAAUGCUCUCAAAUGCCACAUCCACUGCUAGAUGAAAUAACAUUUGUGGACACCCCUGGUGUCCUCUCUGGAGAAAAACAAAGGACUCAACGAAGUUAUGAUUUCACUGGUGUUAUAUCGUGGUUUGCUGCGAAGUGUGAUUUGAUUCUUCUCCUAUUUGAUCCUCACAAACUCGACAUCAGUGAUGAAUUUAAACGAGUGAUCUACUCUCUACGCGGUCAUGAUGACAAAAUACGCGUUGUGUUGAAUAAGGCAGACCAAAUCGAUACUCAGCAACUCAUGAGAGUUUAUGGAGCACUGAUGUGGUCUUUGGGAAAAGUUCUGAAUACCCCAGAAGUUGUACGUGUAUAUAUUGGCUCAUUCAAUGAUAAGCCUAUAAAUGAAGGCUUUGUUGGCCCAUUAGGACAGGAACUUUUUAAAAAGGAACAAAAUGAUCUCCUUUCAGAUUUGGUAGAUAUUCCAAGAAAGGCGUGUGACGGUCGGAUCAAUGAAUUUGUUAAACGUGCUAGAUCUGCUAAAAUUCAUGCUUAUAUAGUUAGUCAUCUUAAGAUGGAGAUGCCUGCAAUGAUGGGCAAAGCUAAGGUGCAACAAAGGCUUAUAGAUAAUCUUGAAGAUGAAUUUAAAAAGGUUCAAAGGGAGUUUCAUCUGCCAGCUGGUGAUUUUCCUAAUAUUGAUCACUUUAGAGAGGUUUUGAGUAGUUAUAGCAUCGACAAGUUUGAUAAAUUGAAGCCUAAAAUGAUUCAAGCUGUAGAUGACAUGCUUGGUUAUGAAAUACCAGAGCUCUUAAAGAAAUUUAGAAAUCCUUAUGAUUAGGAUGAAAACAUUGAGCUUGUUGUUGAGAAAUUGAAGGUGCACCACGUGAAGCCUAAAAUGAUUCAAGCUGUAGAUGACAUGGUUGGUUAUGAAAUACCAGAGCCGUUAAAGAAAUUUAGAAAUUCUUAUGAUUAAGCUGGAAACGUUUAAGCUUGUUGUUGAUUUUGUCAUGAGUGUUUCUGACUGAGAUUUUGAUAUUUAGUUUUCCGAAAUGAUGAAAAUAUCAUGUCUUGAAUGUCUGAUGUCUACAACCUUUACAGUCCAGUUCAUGACAUAAUAUUAUAGAUAGUGUCUGGUUUAGACAAUUGCCGCCCU